UUUGCACGAAUUUUCCCUUCAUUCGGUACCACCAGUAGAUUAUAAAACCAUAACUAGUGAACUGCAUUUCAGCGUUUUUUACUUUCAGUUUUUUGGGUUAAUUUGACAUUUUGCUCGUAUUUGUGUGUAGUUUUAUUACAAUAAACAAAAUGGGUUUUCCGCGUCACUUUGAUGCCCGAGGGAGAUACUUAGCCGUCCGUAUUUCGACACUGCUGACAAUAAACCUGAUUAAAUUUGCUUUGUUUGUGGCUGUUGCGCACGGGCAAGUCCGUUAUUCUAUUCCAGAGGAGAUGAUGAAAGGAUCACAGGUUGGAAAUAUUGUUCAGGAUCUCGGUUUGGAUAUUAAGAGACUAAAAUCUGGCCGUGCGCGGAUCUUCACGGAGGACAGUCGUGAGUACAUCAGUCUAAAUGUGGAUAAAGGCACUCUGAUUGUAACAGAGAGGAUUGAUAGGGAGGAGUUGUGUGCUCAAGUGUCUCCUUGCUCGUUACAUUUUCAGAUUAUCCUGGAAAACCCAAUGGAGCUGCAUCGAAUUGACGUGGAAAUAUUGGAUAUAAAUGACCAUGCCCCUGCUUUUCACAGAAAAGAAAUUGGUUUUGAAAUAAGGGAAUCGAGUUCCCCAGGUUCACGUUUUGCUUUAGACAGUGCGCAUGAUCCGGAUGUUGGACUGAAUACUCCACAGAAAUACACUUUAAAUCCAACAGAAUAUUUUACUUUAAAAGAAUUUUCUCGUAGCGACGGCACUAAAUAUGUUGAGAUGGUAUUAAAAACGCCUUUGGAUAGAGAGCAACAAGAAGAGCAUAAAUUAAUUUUAACAGCGACCGAUGGUGGUACGCCACCAAAAACCGGGACUGUUAUAAUAAACGUUGCUGUGAUUGACACAAAUGACAACUCUCCUGUUUUCACUCAGCCUAUAUACAGUGUACAUCUGCCAGAAAAUGUUCCGAAAAGUCAUUUAGUAGUGGUAGUAAGUGCUACCGACGAGGACAAAGGAUCUAAUGGCGAGGUUACCUAUUCGUUUUCACAAAGUAACGAAAUAGAAACCAUGAACUUGUUUGAUAUAGAUUCCGAAACUGGGGAAAUAAAAGUAAACGGUUUAUUGGAUUUUGAAAAAUCAAAGCACUACGAAAUGAAUGUCGAGGCGAAAGAUAGUGGCGGAUUAACUGAUACCAGUAAAGUGUUGAUUGAAAUUACAGAUGUAAAUGACAAUUUUCCUGUUAUCACUGUAAUUUCAUUUGUUAACCCAAUACCAGAGGAUUCUGCCCCAGAAUCUGUUAUAGCAAUACUAAAUAUUAAAGACAUCGACUCCGGGAAAAACGGACAGAUAAAAUGUAAUAUUAAUUCUCAUCUGCCAUUUCACAUCAAAUCGUCAUCGGCUAAUUUUUAUAGCUUAGUCAACGACCGUAUUUUAGACAGAGAAAUGUAUUCUGAAUACAAUAUUACAAUCACAGCUGGUGAUGAAGGCUCGCCAUCUUUAUCUACUAAUAAAACUCUGACGCUUAAAAUAUCUGAUGUCAACGACAAUGCGCCUGUUUUCCAGCGUCACUCAUAUAUCGCUUACGUGAUGGAAAACAAUUCACCUGGAGUGUCUAUAUUUUCAAUAACUGCAACUGAUAUAGACACUGGUAACAAUGCGCGCAUUUCAUAUUUUCUAGAGGAACAAUUAGUCAACGGUGUGGCUGCUUCAUCUUAUAUUUCAGUUAAUGCAGAAAGCGGAGAGAUUCUUGCUGUUCGAUCUUUUGAUUACGAGCAAACAAAAGAAUUCAAUAUUUGCGUAAAAGCGCAGGAUGGAGGCAACCCGCCUCUCAGUAGCAACGUGAGUGUUAAAGUAAUUAUUCAGGACCAGAAUGACAAUGCGCCUCAGAUUCUGUAUCCAGUACAAACUGGUGGCUCGGUGGUGGCUGAAAUGGUACCUCGUUCUGCAGAUGUGGGAUAUCUUGUUACCAAAGUAGUGGCUGUAGAUGUGGACUCUGGACAGAACGCCUGGCUCUCAUAUAAGCUCCAAAAGGCGACAGACAGGGCUCUGUUUGAAGCGGGAUUACACAAUGGAGAAAUAAGAACUGUACGACAAGUCACUGAUAAAGAUGCUGUAAAACAGAAAGUGACUGUUGUAGUGGAGGACAACGGAGACCCCUCUCGUUCAGCUACAGUCAAUGUUAACGUGGUGCUUGCAGACAGUUUCCCCGAUGUGCUCUCGGAGUUUACUGACUUUACGCAGGACAAGGAAUACAACGACAACCUGACUUUUUAUCUGGUCUUGGCCUUGGCCGUAGUUUCAUUUUUAUUUAUUGUUUCAGUCAUAGCUAUACUCUCAGUCAAAUGCUACAGGUGGAAACGCGAGCGAAUGUUUUACAAAGCCGGCGCCAACCUUCCAGUCAUCCCGUAUUAUCCACCUCUUUACGCAGACGUUGGUGGAACAGGAACUUUGCAGCAUGUUCACAAUUACGACACUUAUGAAACAACUGACUCUAGAAAGAGUUAUCUAAAGCACGCUGGACCUCCCAUUGAGAGCAUUAUUAAUCUAAACACCUGUGAAAAUCAGACUGUUACACGUUCACAUGUGGGGAAAGCGGCUGAAGUAUUUAAUCAGGUAAGUCCCUUCAAAUAA